AUCUUUCCCCAGAGUCUGAGACGACUGCAGUCCUUUUGCAGUGUUCUGCUCUGGUGAGUUUAGUUUUAUUCUCGGUUUAUGGAGAAUUCUGAGUCUCGUUUUCAGCUCUGUGAAAGGAAGUGAUUACUAACUGGACCUGCAAAGUCGUAUAUUAACUUUAAACAAACCUGAAAUCAGGGUGUGAUUACUUUUGAUCAAAGUGAAAGUGAAUCUGAACAUUCGGACUGGAGAGAACAACAACAGCAGCAGAAUAAAAUGGCUUCUAAGUUUUCAGAGGAGGAUUUCUCUUGUCCUGUGUGCUGUGAAAUCUUCACGGAUCCUCUUCUCCUGCGCUGCAGUCACAGUGUGUGUAAAGUGUGUUUGCAGAAGUUCUGGGAGAACAAAGGAUCCAGAGAAUGUCCUGUUUGUAGGAGGAAGUCGUCUAUGGAGAAACCUCCCAUAUGUCUGGCCUUAAAGAACCUGUGUGAGACUUUCUUACAGGAGAGAAGUCAGAGAUCUUCAUCAGCGUCUGAAACAGUCUGCAGUCUGCACCGUGAGAAACUCAAACUCUUCUGUCUGGAUGAUCAACAGCUGGUGUGUUUGGUGUGUCAGACUUCAAAAAUACACACCAACCAUAAAUUCUGCCCCAUUGAUGAGGCAUCAACAGACUGUAAGGAGGAGCUGAAAACUGCUCUGAAGCCCCUACAGGAGAAACUGAAGAUCUUUAAAGACUGUAAACUGAACUGGAGUCAGACUGCAGAACAUAUAAAGAUUCAGGCCCAACACACAGAGCGGCAGAUUAAGGAGGAGUUUGAGAAGCUUCACCAGGUUCUACGAGAUGAAGAGGCAGCCAGGAUAGCUGCACUGAGAGAGGAAGAGGAGCAGAAGAGUCAGAUGAUGAAGGAGAAGAUUGAGAAGCUGAGCAGAGACAUAUCAUCUCUUUCAGACACAAUCAGAGGCGUAGAAGAGGAGAUGAGAGCCGAAGACGUCUCGUUCUUACAAAACUACAAGGACACAGUGAGAAGAGCUCAGUGCACACUGCAGCAUCCAGAGGAGCUUUCAGGACCACUGAUCCAUGUGGCAAAACAUCUGGACAACCUGAAGUUCAGAGUCUGGGAGAAGAUGCAGGACGCUGUCCAAUACACACCUGUAACUCUGGACCCCAACACUGCUCAUCCUGACCUCAUUGUAUCUGAUGAUCUGACCAGUGUGAGACUCAGUGAUGAGAAACAGAAGCUUCCUGAUAAUCCAGAGAGAUUUGAUGAUUAUUGGUGUAUCCUGGGCUCUGAGGUCUUUAACUCAGGGACACACUACUGGGACGUUGAAGUAGGAGACUCUACAUGGUGGUAUGUGGGUGUGAUGACAGAAUCUGCUCAGAGGAAGGGAGAUAUAUUCUCCAGAAGUGGAAUCUGGUGUGUGGGGUAUUUUGAUGGUAAAUAUAGAACAUGUUCUACACCACAGCUAGUCACUCUCCUCUCAGUAACACAGAAGCUCCAGAGGAUCAGAGUGCAGCUGGACUGGAACAGAGGAAAGCUGUCGUUCUCUGACCCUCUCACUAACACACACAUACACACUUUCACACACACAUUUACUGAUAAAUUACUGCCAUUUAUAAAUGUUGUUUGUAAAAAAUCUCCUGUAAAGAUCCUCCCACUUCAGUGCUCUGUAAGAGUGAAUCAGAUCAGUUAGAGCUGAUAUUGUUUUAUUCCAAUUCAUUAAUGAAAUAUUGCUGAUGAAAAGAUUCAUGUUCUUUGUGAAAGUCUGUUUUUACUGAAGCUCUGAACACUUCAUUGUGGAAUUUAUUUUGAAGUGUUCUAUUAUUAUUUCGACUCACCUUAUCAAUUACAUCAAAAUAAUGUGAAAACUCAAAAUAAUAAGAUAAUAUCUCGAAUAUUAAUAUAUCUUGAAGUUCCAAGUUAUUAAAUGAAAUUUUUAAAGUGAAAAUAACGACCUACUGUGUUGAAAUAAUGAAUUAUUAAAUAAAAAUAAUGUGAUAAAGUUCAAAUAACUCCAUAGUACAUUUUCCCCACAACUUUCAGUUCAGGGCUUCCAGAAACAAAUAAACUACAGAAUGAAUUUAAAAUCAUAAAAAUAUGUUUAAAUGUAGAUCUCUAUGAGUUAGAUUAAUGAAUUUUAUUCCUGAAUUUAAAUCAUUGUAAAUAAACUGAGGCUUUGGAGACUGGUGUCUUUACUGUAUUUGUAUUGUUAGCGCUAUGCUGUUAAUCCUGGGGGAAAUGUUUAGCUGGAUGUGUGUUAUGUGUGAAACUGUGCAGUGGAGGAGAUUUCAAAUUGAGCUCUAAGUUUCCCUCCACCAGCAGUUUGUGGUUGUGUAAAGAUCAGAUGGAUCUGUAUGUUAAUCCUGCAUUAGGUGCUGAUUCACAAUUUAAAAUACGAUUCAGAAUGAAAUGAAAUCACUUUGUUCACAGUGAGAAUGUGGGGCGGAUGUGGAAGAGAGAGUGAUGGGGUGAGAGUCAGACAUUAAAGGUGCUAUAAACAACAAUUUUAUAAUAAUACUGUUCUCUAGAGUCAUUUAACCACAAGUUCUGUUCAUCAUGUUAUUCAUCCAGAUUUCCACAGAGAUCAUCAAGAACUAAAUCAUCUACAACCCUCACAAACACAAAUGACAUCCUGAGGAGAUCCACAGCUCCUCUUAAUGUGUGUAUUUAUCAGCAUUUAUCUGAAAGCUACAUUCUGAACUACUACUACACUCAGCACAGAACCUCACAUAUAAAUAAGUUCCCUCUCAUUUAAACUUUUCCAGUGUUGAGUGUCUUCAUCUUUAAUUCACUGCAUAUGUACAAAAUACAUUUUAGAAUCCUAACUUCAUUUAUUUAAUAUUCACACAGGGGGUUUUUAUAGGGAAUAAAAUCCUGUCAGAAGUGGGAUUUGAACCCACAACUCCAUUCAGAGACCAGAAUCCUCCUUUAACCAGGGAGAAGGUCUGAACCUUGAGUCUGGCGCCUUAGACCGCUCGGCCAUCCUGACACUACAGCUGUGUGUUCCCUCCCUUUUUUCCACCUGUUUACAAACACAAUCAUUAGACUUGCUGACCUGAAACAGAGUGAAUACAUCACAGUGCACAGUACUCUGACCUUUGGAGAAAAGGAUUCUCUCCCAGUUUUUAAU